AUGCAGCGCAACAGUCUGGUGAAUGUCAAGUUAAACGCAGACUCGCCGUCGGGAAAGUCCACAACAAGGCCUAACACGUCCAAGAUAAAUAAGCCAUGGAGGAUAUCCCAUUCGCCACAGCAGAGAAACCCAAGCUCAAAGAUACCCUCACCUGUACGAGAAAAAUUGAACAGAUUACCUGUAAACAACAAGAAAUUCUUAGAAAUAGAACAUUCCAAGAUUCCAUCACCUGUAAGGAAAAUGGCCUCCACCAAAAUGGCACACGAGAAUAAGAAUUUACCUAAAUUCAAAUCGCUCUCCCUCGAUGACUUUGAACUAGGGAAGAAAUUGGGGAAAGGAAAGUUUGGUAAAGUUUAUUGUGUUCGGCAUAGGAGUACAGGAUUCAUUUGUGCACUGAAAGUAAUGGAAAAGGAGGAAAUAAUAAAAUAUAAUCUACAGAGACAAUUUAGAAGAGAGGUAGAAAUACAAACAUCGCUAAAUCACCCGAAUUUAACCAAAUCUUACGGCUAUUUUCAUGAUGAAAAAAGGGUAUACUUGUUGAUGGAGUAUUUAGUAAACGGGGAGAUGUAUAAACUAUUAAGGUCUCAUGGCCCUUUCAACGACAUCUUGGCUUCUGAUUAUGUCUACCAAAUUGCCAAUGCCUUGGAUUAUAUGCAUAAAAAAAACAUUAUUCACAGAGACAUCAAGCCUGAAAAUAUACUAAUAGGAUUCAAUAACAUCAUCAAGUUAACAGACUUCGGAUGGAGCAUAAUAAAUCCACCAGAUAGCAGAAGAAAAACAGUAUGUGGGACAAUUGACUAUCUUUCUCCAGAAAUGAUUGAAUCAAGGGAAUACGACCACACUAUAGACGCAUGGGCCCUCGGUGUUUUGGCAUUCGAACUACUGACCGGUGCCCCGCCCUUCGAAGAAGAAAUGAAAGAUACCACCUAUAAGAGGAUAGCUGCAUUGGACAUCAAAAUUCCUAGUAAUAUCUCUCAAGAUGCACAGGAUUUAAUACUUAAGUUGCUGAAAUACGAUCCCAAGGAUAGAAUGCGACUCGAAGACGUAAAAAUGCAUCCUUGGAUACUAAGAAACAAGCCGUUUUGGGAAAACAAGCGAUUAUAA